UAUAGAAUAUAUUGUUAUAUCUGAAAUUUAUCGCUCCUAGUAAGCUUCCAGUUGAAAAGAAAUCCAUUCUCAAUAGCAGUAAUCGAAGAACGGAGAAUCCCGAGCCAUGAGCGUCGCAGAAGGCGCCCCGAAGCAUGGCCAAGUCGCCCACCUCCUCCCGCAGACGUACAAGCGCCUGGUCGCCGAGUGGCUGGAAGAAGACACCCCGAGUUUCGACUACGGUGGCUUCGUUGUUGGCGAAGAGAUCUCCGAAGCCAAGUUAUUGGGUAAAUCGAAAGGCGUGGUGGCCGGUGUCCCGUUCUUCGAUGAAGUGUUCAAGCAGCUGGACUGCAGCGUGCAAUGGCAUGUCCAAGAGGGGAAGUCAUUCGAACCAGUCACGCACUGCGCCACCGUCCGCGGACCAGUGCGUAAGCUCCUCCUCGGCGAGCGAGUAGCGCUCAACACGCUUGCCCGCUGCUCCGGCAUUGCCACCAAGUCUGCCGACCUGCUGGCGCUGCUACGGAAGGCUGGCUACCAGAACACCCUCGCCGGGACCCGCAAGACCACGCCUGGCUUCCGUCUCGUGGAGAAGUACGGCAUGCUCGUGGGCGGCUGUGAUCCUCAUCGUCACGAUCUCUCCGCUAUGACGAUGCUGAAAGACAAUCAUGUCACGAGCGCGGGGAGCAUCACGUCUGCCGUCGCCUCGGCCAAAGCAGCGGGUGGCUUCGCAGUCAAGGUGGAGGUAGAGUGUCAGACGUUCGAAGAGGCAGACGAGGCGAUCUCGGCCGGGGCGGAUGUGGUCAUGCUUGAUAAUUUCACUGGGGAGGGGGUCAAGGUGUGUGCGAAGCAGCUGAAAGAGAAGUGGGGGAGGGGAAAGGCGCUGGUGGAAGUGAGUGGCGGGCUGACGGAGGAGAAUGUGGAGGCAUAUGUGUGUCAGGACAUCGAUGUGAUCAGCACGAGCAGCAUCCAUCAAGGUGUGAAACAUGUAGACUUUUCAUUGAAGAUAGUUCCGAAGUCCGGAGGGGGACCAGGAAAGGGAGAGUCGACGGAAGUAUAGCGUGUACAAUAGUGUCAGAAGUACUCCUGAAAGACCACCGCCUGCCACAAGUGUCGCAGCAAUUGUACACCAAAGCAUUUCGGAUCCCGACUUAACACCAAACGCCCCUUCAAAGUCUUCAUGGGCCCUCAAUAAACGCCGUACACGAUGCUCAGAAGGAAACAGAAGUGGAUGAGAGCAUCACGCUAGUGUUUGCUCUUCUUGUGCUUCUUGCCCUCGUCAUCAUCAUGCUUCCUCUUCU